UGUUGUGAUUUUCGUAUUUGGUGAAAGGGGGGUAAGUGAGCGCGAAGGCAAGGUGUAUGAAAAUGUGCAGUGAAAAUUUACUCAGGUUUAUAAAUCGGCAAUAAAUUCAUCCAGCUUACAAUAUUUCCAUCAUUAGAUUUGAUUUGUGUGCUCAAUAAUACGUUUUUAUAAUAAUCCUUCAUUAUGCUCGGUCAGACGGCCACAAUUUUAUCCAAUUUUCGCCAGAUAGGUCUUAGAAAGGUUAGAUGGAAUAAAAUAGACCUAGGCCUAAAUAAAGCAAGGUCGAAUGUCUUGAGGGCUUCCAGUUUUUUACUGUCAAGAUAUUAUAGUUCACAUGUGAUACCCGAAAAUCUGCAAUAUGUUGAAGAUGCAGAAAAUCCGUCUUUUUUUCACAUGGUCGAGUAUUUUUACCAUAAGGGAUGGCAGAUGGUGGAAGACAAACUUGUUGAAGAAUUCAAAGGAAAGUUAAGUAUGGAAGAAAAACGGGAAAAAGUAAGAGGUUAUUUAGGAAUUUUAGGACCAUGCCAUUCUGUUUUGGAAGUUUGUUUCCCUUUAAAAAGGGACAGUGGCAAAUAUGUGAUGAUAAACGGAUGGAGAGCGCAGCACAGUCAUCAUAGGACUCCUUGCAAAGGAGGUAUCCGAUUUAGUUUGGAUGUAAGCCUGGAUGAAGUAAAGGCCCUUUCGGCUUUGAUGACUUUUAAAUGUGCUGUUGUGGAUGUCCCUUUUGGUGGUGCUAAAGCUGGUCUGAAAAUCAACCCAAAGGAGUAUAGUGAAUUCGAGUUAGAGAAGAUAACUCGCAAUUUUGCUCUUCAGUUGGCUAAGAAAGGAUUUUUAGGACCUGGAUUGGAUGUACCAGCUCCAGAUAUGGGAACUGGUGAAAGGGAAAUGAGUUGGAUUGCUGAUACUUAUGCACAAACUAUUGGACAUACUGAUAUGAACUCUCAUGCCUGUGUGACUGGCAAACCAAUCAAUCAAGGUGGAAUCCAUGGAAGAGUAUCAGCUACUGGAAGGGGUGUGUAUCACGGUUUGGACAAUUUUGUGAAUGAAGCCAGUUACAUGAGUAUGAUAGGCACUACACCAGGCUGGGGUGGAAAAACUUUCAUUGUUCAGGGUCUUGGAAAUGUAGGUCUCCAUGUAAUGCGCUACCUCCACCGAGCUGGAGGUCGAUGUAUUGGUGUCAUGGAAGUAGAUGGAAGCAUUUAUAAUCCAAAUGGAAUUGAUCCUAGGGAAUUAGAAGAUUGGAAAUUGGCAAAUGGUACCAUCAAUGGAUUUCCUGGAGCUGAACCUUAUACAGGAGAAUGUCUCUUGUAUGAGCCAUGUGAAAUUUUGAUACCAGCUGCUACAGAGAAGGUGAUUACAAAGAGUAAUGCAGAGAAAGUGCAGUGCAAGAUUAUUGGUGAAGCUGCCAAUGGACCCAUAACUCCAGCUGCUGAUAAGAUUUUGAUGUCUCGAAACAUUUUGGUUGUUCCUGAUCUUUAUAUUAAUGCUGGAGGGGUGACAGUUUCUUAUUUUGAAUGGUUGAAAAAUUUAAAUCAUGUCAGUUAUGGCAGACUGUUGUUCAAGUAUGAGCGGGACUCAAACUAUCAUUUGCUAGAGAGUGUUCAGGAAUCAUUAGAAAGGAGAUUUGGCAAGGCUGGUGGCCGUAUUCCGAUUGUUCCCAGUGAAGCUUUUCAGAAGAAGAUAUCGGGUGCCUCUGAAAAGGACAUUGUUCAUUCUGGUUUGGACUAUACAAUGGAACGCUCUGCUAGAGCUAUAAUGCGAACGGCCAUGAAGUAUAAUCUAGGCUUGGAUCUCAGAACUGCUGCAUAUGUGAAUUCUAUUGAGAAAAUAUAUGCUACUUACAGAGAAGCAGGUCUUACUUUCACCUAAACGCAUCCGGUUACAGGCCUUUUUUCACCUGCUUUAUUGUUACGUUUCCUACUUUUUAGAAGUUUCAAAUAUCAUCCAGAAGGUCCAAGUCUUUAUAGAUAAAUAGCCAAACGCCCAAUAAUGUGUUGCUUCCUCUAACUUACAAAUAAAUAGUGUAGCACUUUAUUAACAGCUCAAUUUUACAGUUGUUUGUAGCUUGCCUUUGCUUCAUCAGACCCUCAUGUGAAUCGAACACUGAGAGUGUCUGUUCCUGUAGAAUUUUUUUAUUUAAACUCUGUGGAAAUUUAUACAUACUAUUGAAUAAAAUCCUGUUAUGUUUUUGUUUA